GAGUCAGGCUAUAUGAUGCUUCUACUGUCGCUUCCAUUUCAUCAGCACAAAACAUCCAAACAUUUCUCCAUCUUCCAAGCGUGGGUCAAAACAUGACAGGCACAAAUCAUCUUUGACUUUUACGCGACUUUGAUCCAGGCAGGGACCGUUUCAACAACACGCCGGCUCAUCUUUAGCGACAUCUGAAGCAAAAUAGACCGCCUACACGGCGCUGUUUCGUUCGCAUCUGUUCGUUUGUUUGUUUUUCCUGCAGAUACGAAUGUUUUUGUUUGUUACUCAGCAUGUCGUUUAAAUAGCCUACGUCGGUCGUUUCGUCCAGCGGUUUCUAAAGAGGCUUCAACCCUUUGAAGAGUAUGGAAUCUGCCGUUUGGUAGCUUUGAACCGACCAAACAAAAACAACAACCGGAAUAAACAUGGAGGCAAUUUGGCUUUACCAAUUUCGACUGAUUGUUAUUGGGGACUCCACUGUUGGAAAAUCAUGUUUAAUCAGGCGAUUCACAGAAGGCCGCUUCGCACAGGUGUCGGACCCGACAGUCGGGGUAGAUUUUUUCUCCCGCCUGGUGGAGAUUGAACCUGGGAAACGCAUUAAACUGCAGAUUUGGGACACUGCAGGCCAGGAACGCUUCAGGUCUAUUACCAGAGCAUACUACCGUAACUCGGUGGGAGGUCUGCUGCUCUUUGACAUCACCAACCGUCGCUCCUUCCAGAACGUUCACGAGUGGCUAGAAGAGGCGCGCAGCCACGUGCAGCCCCACAGCAUCGUCUUCCUGCUGGUCGGCCACAAAUGCGAUCUGGAACCACAGCGUCAGGUGAGCCAGCAAGAGGCAGAGAAGUUAGCAGCUGCAUACGGCAUGCGCUAUGUGGAAACUUCAGCACGUGACGCCAUAAAUGUGGAGAGGGCUUUCACUGAGCUGACACGGGAUAUAUUCGAGCUGGUGAAGAAUGGGGAGAUUACCAUCCAGGAAGGCUGGGAGGGAGUGAAGAGUGGGUUUGUACCGAACGUAGUGCAUUCAUCAGAAGAAGUGACAAAGGGCGAUCGCCGGUGUUUCUGCUGAGUCAGUAAUCGCCUCCCUGGUAUCUAUCAAACAUUUGGGCACUGUUGGACAACCCCUUCCUCCGCUUCCUCCAAUCACAGGGUCAGUCUUCAACUCCCUGAUUAUGACAUCACCCCUCUCCUGCCUGCUGAAUGCCUAAACGAGUCCCACCAUGCCAUAUUGCUUCACUUUUGUAUACUACUUUGCUUAUUUCCCUAAUCACACAAUCUUGUAAAUGGCCAAACUGAACUGCUAAGAAUGAACGAUUAUCGCAGAACUCCUGCUGAAAGGCCGGUCAAAACUGUAUCUGCACUUUAACUGUAACAUCUCUCUUCAUUCUGUUGAGCCUCAAGACUUCCCAAAUUAAGACGCUCUGGCUUCGGACAUCUCCGGUAUCGAAAAUAAGCUCAUUCCAGAUAUCUUCUCGUGGUUGUAUCAUGCCUAAUACAUGUUUUACUCGCUGACGAUGAAUGCUGGGAUACACAUUUCUGUUGACUGAAAGAUCUCAGACUUGAAACAUUUGACUGCUAAAGGUCUGAUAAUUUUAGUAAGACAAAGGCAAGGAGAUAUACUGCAAUAUAAGGUCUGGGUUUCACAGACAGGGCUUAGACUAGGCCAUAGCCAGGAUUAGACCAUAGUUCACUUAGGACAUAAGUCAUUUUUAUAAACAUACUUAGACUUAAACAUUGCUAGGGUGCAUCUUGACACAAAACAAAGGCACUGAUCUAUUUUAAGAUGAGUCAGUGCAAGCUUAUUUCAGUUGAAACGGCUCUUACAUUUUAGUUUAGGACUAGGUUUAAGCCUUGUCUGUGAAACUGGGAGGAAAAAUUCCAAGACUGGAGAAAAACACAAUCUGUAAUGAUUCCCAUAUGAAAAAAACAAAACUAAUUAUGAAUUGUAAUUGAAAUGGUGCAAGAUUCACGUCAUGUGGUAUGAUAAGCCAUCACAUCACCCAGGAGGUUCAUUUUAUGAUCAAUCACAGAGAUUCAUAAGAGAUUGCUGAAAGUACUGUAGAUCCAUGAGCCCCAGGUGGAUUAAUAAACGUGCAUUAUUUUACAAAUAUUAACAUUUCACUUCUCACACAUUACCACAAGAGGCCUCUGGUGCUUACCAGAAUUACAAAGAAACCUUAAUCAGUUGUACUUAAGUACAUCUUUUACACCUUUUAUCCCAAAGAGUGUUUCUGAUGUUGCAGCUUGUGAUUGUACUAAUGUGAAAAAAGCAAGCUCUUCCUAUAGGUUUUCUAAUCGCCUAGUGAGGGCCAUUGCCCUUGUACACAUUCACACAAGACAUCUGUAUCUAUAGAGCUUGCAUCGUCAUGUAUUUAACCCUUACUUUAUUCAUCGAUACUUUUUGAAAUGACUUUUUCUUCACUUUCACUCUCACCCCUACGAAAUAUAUCCAUAGCCGCUUUCUCAAAUCCGACUGGAGAAGAUGUGUCGAUACUGUCCAUUGCGGUGCACAACUGGCUGAAGUAGUUGAUCUGUCACAUUACUGGAUAACAUGAAGCCAUCCAAAACAUGGCUGAGAUGGGGUCUCAGGUACGAACCAGAGGAGUUUGGAUUGAGUUUACCACUUGCUUGGAUUUACAAGGACUGGCUGUACAAACACUACUGAGUCUAUUUCCGUGAAUUUAAGACACCCUGUACCUCUUAAUCAAGGGAACUUGAAAUGUACUACAGAUUAAAGUAACAUGAUAAAAAUGUU